AGAUUUCAGUGGACUCCGAAAUUGUAGUUGAUAUCAUUACUAUACUUGAUUAAAUGAGUAAACUAGCCUACUUGAUUACUUGAGUAGCCUAAACUAUGUGAGGCUGUAACAUUUAAAUCGUUAUAUAUUUAUUUAUUUUUUUAUUUAAAACGUAACGUUUGAUAAUGGCUUUAUCUCAGAUUCAAUGUAUGGACAAUGAACAUAUUAAUCCGCGAAUUACUGAAUCAAAACCUGAGUUUCUCUACAGCGAAGAGCAACGAAUUGCGUUGGAGACACUUUUCCAGGAUGGACCAGCAGCAUACGCGGCAUAUCUUAAAGCGCAAGACAUGCGGGGGUUUUUAUCAGACCAUGAACUGGAAUAUCUGACUACAACCGUGACGGUAUACAACCCUGGUGGUAUUACAGGCCAUACACAAAUUAAUGAAGCGGGAGAGGACUCCAACGUGCCCUCGGAGUACUGGCCUGAUCGUUCUGACCAUUCCCUUUGCGAGCUGGAAUUGGGCUGGCCAGACGUCACAGCCUACCGAGGAGUCACCCGUGCUACUGUUUAUGCACAUCCACCAAUGGAUGGACAGCCGCACAUUAAAGAAGUAAUUAGAAAGACGAUUACGCAAGCCCAAAAGGUCAUAGGAAUUGUCAUGGACCUAUUCACAGAUGUGGACAUAUUCAAGGAUCUCCUGGAUAUGAGCUACAGGCGGAGGGUGGCUGUGUACAUCCUCCUAGACGCCACAGGAGUCCCCCACUUCCUUCAAAUGUGCCAGAGAGCAGGCAUGCAUAAGGGACACCUCAAGAAUUUACGGGUCACCUGCACGCGAGGCACAGAGUUCUACACUCGCUCUUCAAAGAAAGUUUGCGGCGUUGUAAGUCAGAAGUUCAUGUUUGUCGAUGGAGACAAGUCAGUGUCCGGCUCCUACAGCUACACAUGGACUGCAUCCAGACUGGACCGAAGCGUCGUCACAAUGCUCACAGGUCAGGCUGUGGAGACCUUCGACAGGCUGUUCAGGGAUCUGUAUUUCACCUCCGGAGCUGUGAACCUUUCCAGCGUUAAACUGGAUGAGGAGCCCGAAGUCGAACCUCUCCAACAGUCUAUCCAAAAUCCGCAAGUCGCUGCUGCGUUGGCCCGCAAGAUGUACAGCGCAAAAUACGCCUUGGUGUCCAAUUCCUCUCUAAAGAGCACUGGGACUUACUCAGGCAGGAACAGCUCGGGAAAUGCGAAACAACUGCCGAAAUAUUUCCGACAGCCCAGACUGCUGGAGGAGCCGAGGAUCCACCCCGGGUUGGUGGACAUGCAGCGGGCCAACAUGAUGAACUACCUACCAACCUGGCCCGAGCCAGAUCCACCGAGCGACGUCAUCGGCAUCAUCAACAUCCGCGACUCCAGCAAGCCUUUCCAAGCUCACCUGAUGCGCUCCGAGCUCUUUGAGACGUCGCAGGCGAUCCGAUUCAAGGAGCCAUUCCACAUGCCCGAGGAGCCUUUGCCUGAGAAGGCCACCCCUCGAUCGCGCCUUGAACUGGCGGACCUUCUCUCAUCCGUGCAGCCACUGAAGACCAAGGGUGAGGGGCUACGGAUUGCUGAUCUAAUAGCGCAAGCACCACUUAGGCCACAGCAUGAUCAGGACAGUGUAUUAACUCCACCAAUAGGAAACCCGAGAAUGGUUCCUCUGAAUGUCAUUAAUGAGUGUGAGAGUGACACGGCUGGGGUUAAUGGGGAUAAAGAACCACAGGGUCCUAAGGAUCUCCACUCAGCUCCUGGCUGUGGCGCCAAGCCUGAACAGCCCCGUUCCACUGCUUCUAACAAACCCAACAGAGGAACUGAAGGCCCAGACAGUGACACUGAGAAAACCAGAGCCAUGGACACUGGCAUUGACAGGACUGACAGCAAAUCCAAUGUUAAUGACUCUCGAGCACAGUCGGCUAAAAACUCCUCAAUGUCUGAUAAACAUGUUCAGUGUAAUGGCAAUGUGCCUGUUAAAUCUAAGUCAUCUGUACAUGUAAAUGGGCCGCAUACACAUUCAGAGAAUGCACACAUUAGAAACGGCAAUCAACAGACUGACAAGAAGCACACUCAGAGCAGCAAUACUGCUAAAGAAACAACCAUUCUGUCCAUGACGAUUGGUGACACAAACACUAAGUCCAAACAGCACAAAUGUGAGAACAACAAUCUUAACGGUAUCAACAAUCACCAAAACGGUAUGAAGGAGCCAAUUUUGUCUCAGCCUCCUAUAUCUGGACAGAACGAGAAUAGCACACAGAAGACAGAACUUCAGAACAAUCAUCUCUGGCCAGAAGAUACAAGCCAGACUGGAACACACUUAAAUCCGAAGAUAGGCCAAAAGCAAGACAUGGUGGAAAGACAUGUCAAUCAUUUGAAGGCAGAGAGGAAUGGGACUGCAUCUGUAGUCUCACAAAAUGAAUACGAUGAAAAUUCACUCAGGGCAAAAGAGAAAGCUAGCCAGCAAACACUGCAGGAGAGAAACAGUAAAUUGGAGGUAAUGCAGCAGGACUUAGGCAGUCAGUGCGAAAAGGCAGGAUCGCAACUCAACUCCUCCGAGCUGAAAGAGAGGAAAGAGGAGACUGAACUGACGAGCAACAACAAACGACACGCUUUGUCAGCCAAGGAAGGGAAAAACACUUGUCAAGAUACACAGUUGGUACCAGAGGAAGUGUUAUUUAUAUCAGAGGAGGAUGAUGAGCAGAAAGAAAUGAGUCUUGCUGUGCAAAACAAGCCUCGUGGACUAGAGAAAAAGAAAGAGCAGGCAGCAGUGCCAGAUGUGUGGCAAAAACGUUCCGAUUCAUCUCCGAAGAGCAAGCGUGAUCAAGCAAUGAAAACGGAAGGCAAGCACAGUGGACAGUCAAAUGGAAAGGUGGAGUCCACAACAACAACGAUGGCAACGGCAACAACAAGGAGCAACACUGCAAAGCAGGUGGACAGGAAGGGUCACCAGCAGCUGUCCCAUGGAAUAACCACGUGCAACCUUGCAGCCUCAAAGGUGAGACAUGAAGCAGGCAGACAGCUGAGAGAGAAGGUGGAGAAAUCCCAUUACACAUCAACACCAGAUAUCGCCAGACAGCUCAAAGCCGAGAGCAGGUCUGGAGCAUGCCUGCAAGUAUCCAGGAAAGAGGGAUGCCAGACGCCAGCACCUCGCGAUAAACCAGGGCAGGAAAGAGAUAGGGAUCUCCAGGAGAGGAAUGCACAGGGACAGGCCAGACCCAAGACGGAGAGCGAUGGAAAGAAGCUGUACAGAGCCUCACCCAAUCCAGGUUCCAGAACGCCGCUUGCCAGCCGGACGGAGGGGCCUGCCAAAAGUCCUGCUGUCAAACCCGACUCCACCCCUGCCACUGCCAUGACAACUACGCCCGUGAAAAGUUCCUCAAAGUACUUCCAGGGAAAAGUGUUCAGCUCAACCAAGACCAGUGCAACAAGUGCCCUGCCUCCCGACCAAGUAGCCAGUACUUCGACUGCUUCGCUUGACAGACCUGAACUCGUAUGCCAGGUGGCCGGUCAGGCCAACUCCCCCGUGGGUCAGUACACGUCUGCCUUAGAUAAAUUGAAGCACAGUAAUUCCACCUCCAAAUCUCCCCUUUUGCUCCAAAGACUGUUACCACUGAGGAGCUUGAAAGAGAGAAUGACUAGAACACCAAGUCAGAAGAAGUUGACUACGGUGGGGGUAAAAGAUGCAGUUUGAAGGGGUGACUGACUGUUGACUGUCUCACUGUUGAGACUCCAUAAUCAGAUAUGGUGUUUGUGCAAUGUUUUUACCAAAAUGUAAAAUUAUGUUUGUUUAUUUUGAAGGGAAAAUAAGGAAAUGAAAAUGGUUUGAUUUGUGCAUGCCCUUAAUGAUUUUACCUAGCAGGUGGAGGGACCCUGCAGUUUAUUUCAUCAUUUGAUUUUAUAUCAUAAAUGAAAAGAAAAGGACACAAUCUUUUCACAUAUCUCUGAGAGAGGAGACACUCCAGUAUCUUACAGACUCUCUAUAUGCAAAUUAAGGGUGUUGCAAUGCUUAAGCUUAGUUGAACGUAAGUAAACAUGAUGAUUAAAUUACCAUACCCAAAAUAACACUUCAUCCCAAGUUUGGAGUGGUGGUUUGAUACAUAUGCAGUUACAGGACCAUCUCUUAUAUUCUAUUUUCAUGCUUUUCUUUUUUUAUAUUGAGCCUUAAAAACAAGUAUUGGUGUAGUUUUGAAGAAACAUUUCAAUUGUGGAUCACUGUGGGUUGUGGGAAUCUGGAAAGACAUGCCGCCGGUGAAGAAGAUGGCUCAUCAUCCCUCUUUGCGGUGCUUAACCUUUAAUAAAGAAACAGGCAGAGCCUGAUAUGUCACCUUCUAAUCUCAGGGUUCACUGAGUAAACACUAUUUCUCACAGUGAACAUCUGUCAGAAUGUCAGCUGUGCUGCAGUCAGCAUGUUCAGAGAUGGUGGAAAACCACCGUCUAACCUGGUGACUCAUUUUUAUCUGAUGUUUAUACCUAGAAGAAUUUUGUAUAUUUCCAAUCCAAUGUGGACUUUUUACAUGUAUUCAUUUAGCGGAGGCUUCUACCGAAAGCGAUUUUACAUUAUGUCAAUUAUAUUACAAGGGCCACUGUCCCCAGAGCAACUUGGGAUUAAGUGCCUCGCUCAAGGGCACAAUGGUGGAAGCUGGGAAUUGAACCCAUAACUUUUCUGGCCCUUGCAUGCAAGCCCAGCUCCUUAGCCACUAUGCUAUCACCGCUCCCAUCUUUUGGUUCUGGAAGCAGCUCUUCAUGCUAGCCAAAAAAAGUUUUGAUUACCAUUGGGUUUAAACGGCUUUGUGGAUUGCAGUUUUAGGCUUUUAACACCGCCAUUGACGCACAUUAGCAAAGCAAGAAAAAGCAAACAGCCGCCAUACUUCAAGAGGCAUGCAGAUUUAAUGGAGGCCCUGAGGGUUUGAGACUCAUUAAACGUGAUCUUGGUGCACAUGUCAAAUGAGAACUGGAUGGCUUCUUACAUGUGUGAUCGGCAAUGACUUUACUGCCAAGCAAAACAGUAGAGCUGCUUUGUUUGUAAAGCGAUUACCUAUCUGUUGCACUAGGCAAAUUCUGCAUUGUGGUUGGGCUUGUUGAGACGAUGCAGUAAAAAUACUGACUCAGUUUAUCAAAAUUAACUCAAGGCCUUUGUACCUAUAUUGUGGUUGUCACAUUAUCAUCUCACUAGACAGUGACUGUUUUGUGUGUGUUUGUAUAUAGAAAUAUUGUAUAGUGUUUUUUAAAGGUGUUGAAAUUCUUACUGAAAGACAGAAGUAAACAAUUAAACUGAUCAAACAUGUGUGAGACAAGU